AUGAAAUAUGUUAUAGAGCACAUGGAAGAAGGGUUUUCCGAGUGGGUCAUCUUGGAAUACACUCAGAUAAUCAAGGAGGUUGGCAAAGAAAACUUGAUCUUGACAUCUUUGCCCAGUGCGGUUACGGAGGCAGAUAUACCCAAAAGGUUGCUCGACUUGGGAUUGCAAUGGACCACUAAAGAAUGUGUUGAGAUCGAGGGACUCGAAAAGAAUAACGUCUGCUUGUUGGAUCCCGCUGCUGAAACGGAAUUGACUCCGGAAGAUAGCGAGAAGUUUGACUUUUUUGUGUUUGGAGGCAUCUUGGGAUCUCAUCCAAGAAUCGACAGAACAGGAAUCUUGAGGAGAAAGUAUGGUUUUGCUGGGCGUAGAUUAGGUGCCCUUCAGAUGACUACUGAUACUGCUAUCAGGACCACGCAAAAAAUAAUCGAAGAUAAAAAAUCUUUCGAGGAUAUAAAGUUCAUCGACUACCCAGAAAUACGCUAUAAUAAGCACGAGUCUACCGAGAUGCCGUUCAGAUAUAUACUCAACGAUGAGGGAAUUCCUAUACUUCCCGAAGGCAUGCUCGAACUCAUCAGAAAAGAUGCAGAACAAAGUAUUGAUGAUUUAUUGAUGGAGGAAUAA